UACUCGUCGCCGUCGUCGUCGUCGCUGCUGGCGGCCCCGGCGCCGGUGGUGUCGUGGGAGCAGCAGCCGCCCUGGUACGACCAGCGGCAGCGGGACGGCGGCGCGUCGUCGCCGUGGGGCGUGGCGCUGGCGCUGGCGCUCGUCCUGCUGCUCAUCUCCUACCAGUCGUGCUUCCAGUACUGGUGGUCCCCGGUCGUCCGCCGCCGGCGCUGAGCUCCGUCGAUCGGAUCGGAUCGGAUCGUUCGCGCGCGCGCAGCUAGAACUAGGCACAGCAUUUGGUCACGUAUUAUAUUUCUUCAGAGGGAGUAUACUAGGCAAGAAAAUUAUCGGCAAUUGGCAGAGCAGGAUUUUGCUGUCUAAACCGUCAGAUGUCUUAGCCGUCAGAAAACUAUCACCAGUAUUGGGAGGAUGUAAACUGUUGUGAUAUAGUACUAUAAAUAAUAAUAAUAAAGAGCAGAAUUCUUGCA